AUGGAUUUUGAUGAGCGGGUCCCAGUUGGGUCUAAUAUGUAUUUGCCCGGCAGCUGCACCUAUUACGUCUCGGGAACAGACUUCUCAAGCCUCCCUCCUUUUUUGUCCCACCAGAGUCAGUCUUCUUGUCCCAUGACAUAUUCCUACCCAUCCUCAACUCUGCCACAGCUUCCGUCUGUCAGAGAGGUAGCUUUCAGAGACUAUCAUGGCAUUGGUAGCUCCAGUAAAUGGCACCACCAUAGGGGCGGUAUGUCACACUGCUACCCCACUGAGGACACGGUGCAUAGGGACUGUCUAUCAAGCUCGACCUCCUUGGGGGAAAUAUUCACGAGAAAUAACUCCAGUGAUGUCUAUCACACCAGCAGCUCCAAUCCUACAUCAAGUCUCCAGGGCAGUGUGAGUAGGAAUGGAGUGUUACCGCAAGCCUUUGAUCAGUUUUUCGAUACUGCUCAAGGGAGCGCAGACACCACACCAACAAGCGAACACUCCGUGGACAGAACUGCCACCAAACAAUCUAUAGUUCCGGUGACCGGUUCCGACAAGUGCCGGGAUACAGAGGAGGGACCGCCGGGCGAGGUGAGCUGCAGCCCCGUGUCUUCUUCCGGCAACAAUGAGGAGAAAUAUAGCGCCAGCGGUGGACAGAGAACCCGUAAGAAGAGAUGUCCAUACACCAAAUACCAAAUCAGAGAAUUGGAGAGGGAGUUCUUUUUCAGUGUUUACAUCAACAAGGAGAAACGUCUUCAACUUUCGAGGAUGCUCAAUCUCACCGACCGCCAAGUUAAAAUCUGGUUUCAAAACAGGAGGAUGAAAGAGAAGAAACUGAACAGAGACCGUUUGCAGUAUUAUACCACGAACCCUAUGCUGUAACACUGGCUGAUGGAUGUCCCCUCCCCUCAGACAAGGCAUGCAUGAAGCUCAAUCGCUAAUUUCAAGUUCGUUGGUCUGCAAAUUCCUCCCGUGAUGGACAGACAUUUGUGGAUUUAUUUGUCCAUCAUACUUAAUUUGUUGAGAGUAAUAUCUAGUGUAAUAUUAUUAUUAUUAGGCCUAUUGGCCUAUUUAAAUUGUAGGUGAUUUUCUUGUUGAUCUUUUGAUCUGGCUAUUUGUUGUUAUGAAAGUGCGGUGCCACCAAAACAGAACAUAUAUCUGGUCGAAUCCUAACUUGCGUAAAAGUCACAUUUUCGAGCAAAUGAUUUAAUUGGCAUCAAUGCAUAAUGCAUGAAUUAACAGAACAUAUAUCUGGUCGAAUCCUAACUUGCGUAAAAGUCACAUUUUCGAGCAAAUGAUUUAAUUGGCAUCAAUGCAUAAUGCAUGAAUUACACGAAAGUUAGAUUUACGCGCGCCCAUUUCAUAUCAAAUUCGACAUUUAACGAUGUAACAUAUUUAACAACCUGUAUCUUUACAUUUAUUAUAUAUAUACCUACAAAGGGUACAUACCUUUUCCAUGACGAGAAGGCAUGAUUUAUCCCUAACUUUGUUGGUUGUUUGUUGUCGCCAUUACACAAGCACAGAAGGACUAGGCUAUAGUUUAAAAUAGGCCUGUUAUUUAUGCAUUGAUUGCCAUUGUUUUUGUUCUCGUGAAAUAUUCGACAUACAAAGGUUAUAUUGUAAAAUUGUUCAAUCCUCCCUGAUACUUGAAAGUGUUCGUUUUGUUUAAGUUCUCAAUGUCGGAACAUAUCAGCUAUUUUCCUGCGUUUUUGGCAAGAGAAAAGCUGCUCCAAUACAUUGAGCUAUUGGGACAUUUGAGUUCUUUGUCUUCAUUUUUGAGCCAAUUCAAAUGUUCCUCGGUGUAAAUAGCCUACGAUGGAUUUUAGGAAUGAUUAGGCCCUAUAUAGGCUUAGCCUAUUUCACACACCCUAUUGGAGACAUACGAGUCACAGGUCGAGACCUUUCCGUUUGUUUUCUUAGUUUAUUUUCUAAAUUGGAUGAAUGGGUCUAUAUGUCUCGAGAAAAUAUCUCCUUGUAUGAUUCUCGACAUAAAACCUGGCUGCGUGGGUCAUAUCAGAUGUAUGAUGUAUUUGACUUUACAUUGCCCCCAUGGGCCGAAAUGGGAUCCUAUGCCAUUAAUGUUAAAUAUCCAUUACGGAAGUUCCACCCAAAAGGUUGUCUAGCACGUUAUUUUAUUCAACUUUAUGUACCAUGCUAAACCAUCUAUCACCGGACGACUUUUAUAUACAAUCAACGUCUGGAGUUUAAAUGUACCGCGUUUAAGUUUAUUGUUUCAAAAAGAAUACUAGGCCUAUAAAAUGAGAAUGUAUAGCCUACUUUAAAUAAAUAAAGCAAAAUACUUAAGGUAGCCUAUAUUUAAAAUAAACUUGAUCAGUUGUUGAACAGACCUACUGAUUGUGUAUUAGGCCUAUGUGUAUAAUUGGCUUACGUUUGUCAAUAUUUCGGUUAAUGUCUUAUAGUUCAAAGACAAUGGGCGUUCAUGAAUAUUGGGCUAGUGAAAACACCAAUUAAGAGUGAUAGCAGCAUGAAGCUAGUGUAGAUGGCCGGCUGCAGCCAGUCCGGGUGAUGAUGGUCUUGGGCCGUGCAUCCUGUCCGGUCAGGCUAACCGGAAUGCCGCCUUUACGGACACAUCCUCCCUGUUGCUGCAGCAACUUGGCCAUAAAACGCGUCUUCGUCUGGAACAUUUGUACAAUUGGAGUGUAGUGCAAUAAACCGUCUGAGACCAAGGUUAUUAACUGUGACUAAGGGCUUUAAAAACAACGGCUGCCUGCCUGGGAGCAUUGAAAGCUUGUGUUCGCGGACUUUUCCUGCUUCAUUUGUCUCAGCAGCUCAGCGUGCACGGGCAGGAAUAUAUUCAGGAUGGAAUCUGCAGUUCGAACGUGGUUGUUUGUUUGUUCCACUGGGAGGCGCUGCUCGGAUCAAUGUCAUGGAUCAAUGCCGUGGAUGUGGACGGAACUCUGGCCGAGACUCUACUUCCCAUGCAUCAAACAUCCAAAGACAGACUCAUUACAUUACAGGGUUUCAUUGUUCAGGUAAUUAUCCCGAUUGUGUGUAUAAUUGUUACAUAUUCUCUUAUUUUUAUCGAAAUAUAUUUCAAAAUGCUCGAAAUGGGAAAACAAAUACGUGUGUGGUCCAUUUUUUCUUGGCAAAAUGGAAUAAAGUGAGGCGUUUUUGUAAGGAGCCUUUCCAUCCUGCUAGAAAAUUAUAUAUAAAGCUGGUUUAUCGCUGAAAUCCCAAUGUAUUAGAACCAAUGUAUUCCGUGUGGGAGAGGAUGACUGAAGAGGCCUACCUACCGUUACACAGCACAUAAUAUAAUAUACAAUAUAACCAAUAUGCUAAACGUAAAAUAGCUUUAUACAUCGGCCUUAUCCUGUCUAGAGAUGUCUAUGGCGUUUUUCUGGAAAAAUAACACGAACUAUUCGAAUGGUUCUUAGAGUCAUUAUUACCAUAGUUUACCAAAUACGAAACGUUAGAUUAUAAAAUGUGUUUGGUUUGUGUGUGUGUUGGGAAGGGGAACAUUCUAGCUGAGUAUCACCAUAGCCUACCGGAGGGCUUUUUAGUCUCCAGUGAAAAAUAAAAUAGCUGUUAGCGGAUGUAGUAAAGUGCCACAUUACGCACGAGGGGUGCAGGCAUAUUUUUUUGUCCGGUUGCAAGAAUAACUUGGAACAGAAGAAACAUUGUUAACAUGAUUUUAUUAGCCGCUAUAAGGAGACAUGCAUUAAAUGAUUUGAAGUAUGAUAAUAACUUAAUAAUAACUUAAAGUACCACUGGCUAGAGGUAAAUAAAUAGGCUGUUGAAAUUAUUAUACGCACGUCAUGAGACUAGUACCCAUUCAAAUCAAUGGUUUAGGCUAUUCAUUUUUAAUUAAUUUCUAAAUCGGAUAAAACCCCAAAUAAGUCGCACCAUAUAGUGUUUUUGGUGUCAGAACAAUGACGUAAUAUAACCGUGGUAAUUAUAGUAACAAACAUAGCAAGGAUGAUCUUUUUCCCAACUGCAUGGGGGGAUAAUAAAGGCAGUGGUAUUUAUAAAGGCUGUGGUUAGAACCACAUAACACAGCUAGGCCUAUUGCUAUGAUUUACAUAGGCCUAAUCUAUUUCUAUUCAAUUGGGGAUAUGAGUCUGA